AUGGCUAUCCCCGAGAAGAGACUCCGCAAACGGUUCCCUUUCUGGAUCCGCCGCAGCCACAUGCAGCUUACUUUCGACCCUCCAGAUCCCCAGGUCCAGCAGGCUCUACAGACCGACUCUGGAUCAAGUGAGGAGGCUGCGAGGUCCAAGGUCCCACGUACGUCUGACCAACGUACUGCUACUGCCGGCCGUGCGGCCUCUGGAGUGCUGGCCCUGACUCCCUAUCUGACCUCAUGUCCAGCGCCUGCCAUCAACGGAGACGAUGCUCCGCCAUGUUUUUGCGACCCCGGGUGUCGGUGCGGCAGGACUUGUGGCUGCCCCCCAAACGAGACUCAUAACUGCCUAUGUACUUCAAUGGACCAGAAGAGUUUGCCCAAGGGCUCCUCUCGCCUCAAGUACCUGAAUUCACUGAAAAAGUCCAUCGGCAAGGGCAAGACCAAAGUUUUUGGAAGGGGUGCCAUCAAGAAUGCCUUGGGCACCGAGAGCGAGCCGCCGCAGCAGAAGCAGCAGAAGGACAAGGUCACGCCACCGGCUUCGGACGAUCCUGCGAAGGAUCACGCGCAAGACCAAGAAGAACCAAGCACCUCCUCUACUCUACCUCCGAACGGCUCGGAGUCUGCUCAAAAUGACGGCCAGAGAGAUCGAGAAGAACAGCAAAAGCGAUCAUGCACGAGCAGUGCGGCGAUGCAAACCAACGCAUCUCCGGUGGCGCCAACAGCAUCAACCAAUGUUUCAAGGCGGUCCAGUUUAGUGACUACAAAGCAUGAGAGCCCCCCAACCUCACAGUCCUCGGUGUCGGAUCACGAGGCAAAGGGCAAAGCCAGAGCGUACUAUGCCGUUAAGCGCAAGUUGCCCUAUCAAAAUGAGCCACGAAUGACCCUCGCCCCGUGGAAUCAUAAUGGCUCGACGACUCUGGCAGACUUGCUUACCGCAGACUUAGCUCCCUCCAAUAACUUACGAAAACCCAAUGCUACAAACGCUCCUGAUGAUCUCCCCAGUGGCCGUGCCGUGGUAAGCUUCUAUAGCGAAGCUGGAAGCCAGUACUCGGAGGAUGACGCGAGCCGGCUGAACAAAGGCGUGGUGCCAAGCUCCGAUCCUACUCCGCUACCGCCUCCUCCAGGUCCGCCUCCCAACAAACCGCUUCCCAAACCUCCCAACGGGGGUCCCCCUGGCGGUGGCUCCGGUGGUGGUUCCAGAGCUGCUUCUUCUCGGGGUGCUGUCGAAGACCCUCGCCUCCGUGGGGGAGAGGUGUGUUCUUCUGCCGGAACCAUGCCGCGUUCACAGAUCCCAGUUCACAAGAGCGGGCUUGCCGGCAAGCUUCGUCGCGUGGCUUCCAGCAUACCGUUGAGACCUGGAUACGCCUGUCUUGGUGAGUCGAUCAAAGGCCCAGAGCCCAUUAGAUCGUCACUCGACACGCAAUGCAGCACCAAGGCUCUCUUCCAAAAGCCUGUGGACAGCGAACAAGACAGUCAUCACUCACCUGGUAGCAAGGCAUCACCUAUGCACCAUGGCAGUAUUCGCCAUGUCCCGACAGACGAUGCAGCAAGCUCUCCUGUCAAUUUGCCGGGACUCACUCUCAAUCAUGGGCCGGGUGCAAACGAACAGUCUACACCGAAGACCAACUGGGGGAUUGAUGCACAGGCUGCCAUUUUUGGAUCAAUCAAUGGAAGAACACCUGCAUCAGGCUUCAUGUACGGCACCCCAGAAGUCUCCAUACACAUGGACGGAUCUGCAAGGAGGUCGGAGGCUAACACCGCGCGUAACGCAGCAGAGACGACUUUGAGACAUGCUGAUUGCAGUACGGGCCUCCCAAGCUUCGGGGACCGUCUGGAGGUGGGUGCGCAGAGGCGUGGCAGGAAGCUGUCUUGUGGUUAUCCAGAGCAGUGCGAGUCUGCUACAGCUGCCUUGACCGACCCUCACUCUGCCCAAGCCCAACAUGUCCUUGUGGAUCACAGAGGCACGCACGGCAACAACAACAAGAGUCGGUGGCAUAGUAUCUCAAACGGUCUAGUCCUUUUCGGGUGGUCGACCAAGCGUCUUGAGAAGAAAUGCACUCGUGGGCCCAUUCCAGCGUUUGGGGUUGCCUAUGUCACGAGAAGCCGACAUCGGGCACGGGAAGCAGCAAGACCUGGAUGCAAAAGGAGGGAGUGA